AUGGCGAAACUUCUCUCUUUGCUUCUUCUCCUCUUCAUCAUAAUUAUAACAGCAGAAGGGACCAAGUCAUCAUAUGGAGUAUAUGAAGAGAGCAACACCGUAAAACUAUUUGUAUUUGGAGACUCUUAUGCUGAUACAGGAAAUUACUUGAGCUCAGCAUCAUAUCAGCCACCUUAUGGAAAUACUUUUCCUGGUAAACCUUCAGGAAGAUUCUCUGAUGGCCGUAUCAUCACCGAUUACGUUGCUUCUUUUCUGAAAAUUGAAUCCCCUGCACCAUAUUCAUUAAGAAAUUCCUCGGAUUUAAAAUAUGGUAUAAACUUUGCCUAUGGAGGAACCGGUGUUUUCGAUACUUUAAUUGAUGGACCAAACAUGACUACCCAAAUUGAUACAUUUGAGGAAUUAAUCCAACAAAAUGUGUAUACCAAAACUGAUCUUGAAUCCUCGAUUGCCCUCGUCAGCGCUGCUGGUAAUGACUAUCUUAAAUUUUUGCUUGAAAAUGGGAAUAACACUAAGGAUGUAGGGGGGUUAACUACAUCAAUGAUAAAUCAAUUAUCAUUAAAUCUUAGACGCAUUCAAAGUUUGGGAAUAAGUAAAAUUGCAAUGGAGUUAAUGGAGCCAAUGGGGUGUUUGCCUAUAGUAACCGAGUUAUCUUCGUAUGAGAAGUGCAAUGACACUGUGAACAUGGUGGCCAUGAAUCACAAUCAAUUGUUGCUCCAAGCUGUAGAACAACUCAAGAUGGAAAUGGGAGAAUCGAUUUUCUUCACACUAGACCUCUACAAUGCUUUUCUCUCCACAAUUGAAUCAAUGCAGAAAAACCAUGAUGGGAUGAAUCCUUUGCAACCUUGUUGUGUGGAAGGUAUAUUUUGCAAAAGUGAUGUAUGUGAUAAACCAGAGCUUACAUUCUUUUGGGACGGUCUUCAUCCUUCUCAAAAUGGUUGGUAUGCAGUUUACCAGUUGGUGGAGUCUUCUCUCCCCCAGUUAUUUGAAGAAAAAAACCGCUAAUCGGUAAGAAAAAAACUAUUGCAGGAAAUCUGCAUCCGAAAUGGAAAUAUU